UCUUAGCUCACUGUAGGUAAUAAUAUGUAAAUAAGCCAUGUUUGCAUAAAGGCAGUUUGGGAUUUAUACCUCAUAUAGAGAUGGAAAAAGGAUAUACGGUGCCUAUUGAGUGUAGCUGAAUGGCCAAGUGAAUGAAUAGAUGAUCCUGAUCGCCCGGAAUGUGAAUAGCGAGUGUGAUGGGGAGCCAAGCGAACUCAACCUUACGUAUUCAUUUCACAUUGCAAAUUCUCCUUCUUGCGAAGGAAACCCUUUCGUUGGCGCAUUCAUUCCUCAUGUGAGAACCGGAACACUAUUAGUGAAGGUUAAUGUUAUCUGCGCGGGAUCUGCAGGAAAUAAAUUGAUUAACAAUUACACCAGAUGCAUUGGAGCGCCUGACACACAAAGUCUUCCGGAGAUUUCAAAGUUAUCAAACUAUCUGAUUCUGGUCAUCCUAGUUCAAUUUAUUUUGUUGCUGGUCGUUAUAGUCUACUUUAAAAGAAGGUUAAAUCGUGCGACGUCACCAAGCGAAACAGCAGACGACACCAACAUUUUAGAAUCGCCUGAACCGGUCUACGUCAACGAUCCAGCUAACAUCGAACCAGAGCAAUCGAAUCGACAGAAUAGGGAACCGAUACAGACGAACGAAACGUAUGAGGAAAUUCCAAGCGAUGUACAAUAUGAAAACCUGCGAAUAAGGAUCCCUAUUUACAGCCAAUCAGAACGGCUUAAUUGUAAUGACCAUGAGCAAACUUGCAAUCAAUAUUCUACUCAGUUAAGGUGUUCCACGUCCAUUAUAUUGUUGAAACAGACAUUAACCCAGCAGUCUAUAUCAGGGGUGGGCAAAUCACAGUCAGCGGAUCCAGCCCACCCGUGUCUGCUGAAAUUACGACUAUAGUUUAUAUUGAUAUAUAAAAUUCCGUUGUAAAUAUCGAUGAAAAUAACGUCAUGAUGCCCCCGAUUGUGUUACACUGUGCUUCUUAUUAUUAUAUAAACGUUAGCCUAGCUGUUUUAAAUAAACUGUUUUUUAUAUAGUUCUUCAUAAUGAAUUUGUAGCCCCCAGUAACUGAGUCCAUUAUCUGUGACUAGCUCACUCAGAAAAGUGAUUGCCUACCUCUGGUCUAUAUUAUAUUUGGUACUCCUGAAGUAUGCGCACCAAGAUGUCGCAUAACCUGAACCUUAACCUGGUAGACAACCUGAGUUCAGGUUGUGCGCCAUCUUGGUGCACAUACUUUAGGUC